GUCAUCAGAGCGCGUCCCCUGUACUUGAAACCGGGGAAAGCAUGAGGCGGUGGUGUCGGACUGGUGCGACCUUGGCUAUUGGAGCGGGACUCGGAGCCGCGGUCAGCCGCCUCCUGAGCCCCAGAGGCGGCGAGGAGGAGCCGGACAGAUCCGGUCUUCUAAGCAGAAUCCCGGUGGUCCCAGUACCGAGCGUUCAAGCCUCCGAGCUGACGGUAAGUCCAGGUGGGUCGGGAGCGGUGAUGAAAUAUGGCUUUCCCUCAUUGGCCAACGUCAAGACGAGAGAGUCCUACGUCAUCUCAUAUGACCCCCGCACACGCACUGCAUCUUGGGUAAUAGAGAAGCUAAACCCUGCCUCCCUGAGCGGACCAUCAGACAGGAAUUGCUGCGAGUUCAAAGAGGAUGACAGUGUGCAUGUGUUCCACAGGUCAACCAAUCAGGACUACAAGGGGAGUGGCUUUGACAGAGGUCAUCUGGCUGCUGCAGCCAAUCACAAGUGGAGUCAGAAAGCCAUGGAGGACACUUUCUACCUGAGCAACAUUGCUCCACAGAGACCUCACUUGAACCAGGUCACCUGGAAUAACCUGGAGAAGUUGUGCCGCUCUUUGACCAAGCGUUACCUAAACGUCUACGUCUGCACCGGACCCCUUUACCUGCCCAGGCAAGAGGCUGAUGGGAAACUCUAUGUUCGUUAUCAGGUCAUUGGACAAAACCACGUUUCUGUCCCGACACACUUCUUCAAAGUGUUGAUCCUAGAGCAGAUGGACGGCAGAGGGGUGGAGCUCCGGUCUUACGUUUUACCAAAUGAAACAAUAGAUGAGAAGGUUCCUCUGGAGCGUUUUCUUGUUCCAAUAGAAACCAUUGAGAGAGCAUCGGGGCUUCUGUUUGUCCCAAAUAUCAUGAAGAGAACCAGCAGCCUGCAGGCCAUCACCAAUAAAUGAACGACAAUA